AUUUCUUCAUCAUAUGCAAGUAUCAAACAAUAGGUCUGAUGAUGAGAUCAAAAGAACGAGUCCCACAAAGUACAACACCUCGAUUUUACAUUUUCCGGUUUUAUUGCUCCUUUCGGUAGAAUAAUCAACCAAAAAUAGUCUGUUCCGCUGUAGCUACAUGUGCUGGUUGCUUUUAAGUAAUCAGUGAACUGCCUACCCCCCUACAGUUGGAGCAUUAGUCCCACAAAGUUUUGCGCAGGUUCAAACUUUUUCGCCAUUGAAAUGUUAGCAGCAGCUGCUAGUUAUUAACAACAAGGUUGGGUCAUUUAUCUCUGAUAAAACAAUUGACAGUUAGCAAUCCUCAAUUUAGCUUAGCUAUUAGUGACUCAUCCUGGGCAUUAGCUACUUAAGUCUUUUGUUCAAUAUGUGCUGGGAAAAAUGGAACCGUGCCUGUACUACUUACUGCAUACCUGGACUCUUGGCAAUUCUUAGUUUUAUCACUUGCCAAUACAUCAAACCAGCUCAUCUGGAAGUCUCACGUAGCCAGCCUUACCGAAUAAGAUCCAUCCCGCAUGUGGAGGAUGAUGAGGAUCAUGAGGAAAAUGAAGAUGAGGAAAAUGAUGCCAGAAGCUGUAGCUGCUGUACUUAUAAAAGAUCUUGUAAAAAUUGCAGUAUUGUGAUGCUGUAUAUUACAAUUGUACUAUCAGUAUUACUGGUUAUUCCCAUCAGUGUAUAUCCUACUAGUGCAUUCAUUGCUGGGUGGGCUACAUGUCCAUACAGAUACAGUGAAGGAUCAAGGUCAAUUUGUUUUACUAUUGCCACAAAUGAAGAUACUACUGGAGUUGAUAUCAUAUUGAGAGAGACUGGAGAUGAGUUGAUACAUGCUAAUAACACACAUCAUGUGCAAAAAUUCAUUGACCUUACUAAGAUAGCUAUAUUGUUCUCAACAACAGCUAAUGGAGUGUCACAACUGUUCUUCAUAUUGGCACUGGUUUGUCUAUUUCUUAAACAUUACAAUUGGUCACGUGAGAUGAAGUUGAGCUGGUGGAAGAAAUUCAAACUGUAUUGCUGUUGCACAAGAGAUAAACAAACUGAUGAUAAGAAAGUGAUACCAUUAGAUCCUUUUAAUGAUGAUUAUGAAAAUGAAUUUAUUGAAUCUACUUCAAUUGCUGUUGUGUAUCAACAUGAACUUGAACAAGUUAUAAUAUUAGAAAACCCUCAGGCGGAACCAGGGCCUCAUGCGGAUCAACAAGAAAAUAACUUUUUCUCCCAACAAGACACCAGUACCAGUACAUUACUUCAAGGUGAGAGAUUAGGCCAUUACAACACAUGGUUUGCUAUUGGAUUGGUAAUGAUUGUGGCAAUCAGUAUUUUCUUUCUUUUAAUUCAAUAUUAUUUCAAUGAAAUAACAAUUAAUUGGCUGGAAUUUGUUGCUACUUCCUGUUACGCAUUAUCAUUAGUCCGUACUAUUGUCAGUUGCUUCAUAUUCUCAAAGUUGAUGUACGCUAUACAGAGAAAAUGUGAAGAAAUAGAAAUGUAUGUAUAUUACACUAAUGACAACAUCAAUGAGACUAAUGACAAAAUAAAGAAAUAUGUAGAAACGAUAUUUGAGUCUGAGCUUAAAACAGCAGCUACUGAAAUGCUAAAAUUUGUUAAAUCAUCUGGUAAUAAUAUUGCUAGUUUAGCGGAGAAGCUGGCUGGUGGUUUUUUGAAGGAGUUCAAUGAAAAUGCUGAAGUGAAGGCAUCAAGUAAUCAAAUAAAAGAGGCCAUUAAAACCCGUGUUAAUAGUCCACAUAGUAAGUACACUGACAAUACUUGCUGCAACAAUGCUUCUUUGAAAAAAAUUAAAGAAUAUGUUAUAGAUGGAAUAAACAGUGUAGAUCGUAAUGACAUUAGAGAGCAGCAUUACAUCAUACAAGAUGAAAGAAUGAAAAUUCAAGUUGCUAGCUAUGCCUAUGCUAUGAAGGAAUUGAUCAAAGGAUACAUCAAGGUAACUCAAGAUGAUGAUGAUGGCAAGAAAGCAUUAGCUUUAAAGUAUCUUAGGGAACGUGACAAACAUUUCAUUAAAACAGCAAUAGCAACACUUAGCUGGUUUCAGUUAUGGUUCCUACUCCAUUGGCUACUCCAUAUAAUAUCAACCUUCAUGAUAUUCACUGUACUUAUUGAUGCAGUGGCACUUCAUGUUAAGUACAAUGUACCACAUGUAGAGCAUGGAGUAGACUUUAACUCAAUUCAGAUAAUAUUCCUAUUCAUGUAUAGUCUGGUACAAGGUUUCUUACUAGUUUAUCCAUGUCUCAGGGCUGCUGGUGUCACCAGGACAAGGCAGCGUGUUAUGCAGCAGAUUAGUGAUGAAGAUAAGUUUACUAAUCUCCCUGAAGGUGUAAUACCAGAGUUCGUUGGCUCUAUGAAGAGGAGGAAGUUUAGCUUCAGGUUCCGUAUAAUGUGUGCCAGUAUAACUUUUAACUUGAACAUUGCUUAUUUGUCUAUUGCCUUUGGUUUUGUUGGUAUUGUAGUCAGUUUAAUAACUAGUGUCACUGGCUGAGAACAAUAUCAUUAGUAUAAAACUGCUUAUUAAUUUGUUUUGCCCCUAUACUAUUUUGGAUUUAGCGAGUUGUUGAUAUUAUUUUAGUUUUAUCUUGCUGCUGUAGUCAUUAGUUUUGUUCAUGAUAACAUUAAAAAACAAA